AUGGCAAAGGCUUGCUCUUAUGGCCCAGCCAAGGUUCCGCUCCGGGAUCGCAGGGCACAACUACGAUCUUCAGAUGAAGCCCCGUGGAUCGUCCAGAACUCGAGUCCCCAGAAUUGGUCAAAGGUAGCGACACAGGUAUCAAAACCAAGAGACGCAUGGAAUCAAGCUCCUUGGAAAUUGAUUGAGCUGGAGAGGAUUAACACUUUUGAUGCCUUCCCCAUCCUGAUGCCUCUUAGAUCAAAGGAGCUUCUUCACUACUUUAGGCAAGUCGGUGAAGCAUUUACCGUGCCGUCUGAACCGCAACCCGAACAGCAACUAGAUGAUUGUAUGAGCUCGGCUGUUCAAGACCCGUUCGCCCUCCGUAACAUGCUCCUCAUUGCCGGCAUCCAUUACGCAUGGAAUCUCGGAGAUCUCCAGACUUUCGAACCCACUUUUCUUUUGCACAAGAUCCAAGCUAUCCGACUGGUUAAUGAAGGGUUAAGUAGCCCCUCUGGCGGGAAGGAUUAUACGAGCUGCGCCAAUUACAUCAUUACACUGAGCUUUACGGAGUGCUGUCUCGGAAACUUCCGAGUUGCAGAAGCGCACCUCAAAGGCCUCAUGAGGUUCAUCGAUGCCCACAGGGCCGAUGAACAGGACUUAAGCUCCGAAGACACCAUUAAAAGAGAGCUUACUGACCGAUACCUUAUUCUGGCCUACAACUUUGUCCACAGUCUAAAAAGCCGCUUAGAUGAUUUCCUAACCAGCACGGCCAUAGUCGAAAAUAUCUCUCGUGACUCAGACCCAAAAGGCCUCGCAAGAGUCUUACAUCGCUGGCAUGUACAGGAAGCCACCGGUCUUGCCUUCAGACUUAAGACAAUCAGACUGUUCCCGUACUUCUUUAGCUCGGCAAUUGUGACCAAGUACCCCCGCCACGUCGAUGUUAGUGGUAUUAUCUCCUGCCUCACGCAGAUAACACAACAACAUGAUGCAAGGUUUGCAGGAUCUGAGGCGACAUAUGAUGCUGGUUCUCGCUAUGAGCUCUGGGACAGCGGUGGCCCUUCGAGGCUGCUGUCUGCCGUGGUAAACGCUCACUUGGACUCUAUCUCAAACGGGUCAUCCUUAUCUUCCCAGGCGAAUGCGGGAUUUGUCUCGUCUUGGUCUGGAUUCUGUGUUGCCAUUGGCAUGUACCUGACAUCGGUGCUCGGCAUAUGGAAUCAAGGAUCCCCAGCGGAGAGCUCUCUUCUACAUCAUGUACUACUGAUACUUAAGCAAGACUUGGAAACAAGCUGGUUGAACUUCAAGGCCCGGAGCAAAGAAUCACAGGCUUCGUGGAUCUGGAAAUGGUUUGCUGGGGCUCUCACCAUAGCCCACGUCCAACCAAAUGAUUGUGACAAACGAUUCCGGGAGUUGAGCGUUGAAUUCCUGUCUCUCGUUGAACAUUGUCGCGGCGUAAUCAGACAGGACUCUGAACACUGGCCGGAGGUAAAAGCCUUGCUUCACCGUGUGGUUUGGCCGCAUGAGCUUCCCAAAGAAAGGGAAGUAAUCAAGUUCUGGAAUAAUCCUAUGCUGGGCUCUCUUAGUUCUUGA